AUGUCUGACUACAUUUCCAACAACACCGAAUGGGAGGCCUUGGUCAUCGACGCGGAGAGCCUCCACCCUGACUACGCCCAGGACUAUUUCGAUCCUAUGGGCUUCUACCCUUACGACGCCCAAGCCUACUUCGAUCCUAUGGACAGCUUCGACUACGGGGCUACCGCCAGCUUCGCCCUGCCCUCAGAGCCGAGCUACUUGCCCCAGAGAGAUUCGGCUUUGGGCGCCAAUGGCUACAGCCCCAUCAAUGACACGGGAAAUUCCCUCGCCGGGGUCGACAUCGCAGAGAUGCCAUAUAUCCCAGACAUCCCGGGGGAUCACUUCUACGGAACUGGUCCUCUGGUGCAACACACCUUCACGCAGGGCACUGCCCUCUUGGAGCCAAACAAUGGCAGCCACGUCUAUCCCGCCCUUCUCGAAAACAGCUACACUGAAUUCGACCACCCAACCGACUUGGCCAUGACUGGACAGCCCUCUUUCUCGGCUGGCAUGGUUGGCAUGGGCGCAGAACGCCAUGCAGAUGGACGGUCCUCCGCAACUUUCUUCUCAACCAUGUCGCCGCCUGACAACGAGGGUCCCGUAAACGCACCGCCCGAUGCAGGAUUUCGAUGCGCUGAGUGUAGCGAGUAUUUCAGUUGGGAAGGUAUACUCGACUGGCAUGCCCGUCAGACUGAACACAUGUCAUACAAAUGCAACUUCCCAGCUUGUCAUGAGAAGUUCAUGAGAUACGUGCAGUAUGAAACUCACAAACGCCGUUCGCAUGCUGAAGGCCAUGGAAGAGUCACCGGGGUUCGCCCCUUCUUCUGUGCUCAAUGUCAGUCUGACUUUAAGAAUGAUACCGGUCUUGGCGAUCACGCCUUGACUGUACAACAUCAGCCUUUUCAGUGUACCUGUGGCCAAUCAUUCUCUCGUCUCGAUGUCCUCUACCGUCGCAAAGACAUCUAUUCGCAAGACAUGCCGAAGCAUCCUUGCCGAUACUGCAAGCGCCAUCGCGGCAGAAACGGCUUCAAGCGAAAGGAUCACCUGCGUCAGCAUAUGCGAGCUUUCCACAAGUUCGAUGCCGAUGAAAGGUCCAAAUCUCGCCAGUCUAGAAGGAAAAUCUGUGACGUUCCCGUAACGUGCCCACACUCGGGAUGUUUCGGGUAUCGCGACGAACAUUUUCACGCUCUUGAAGCUGCAGAACAGGACCAAGACCGACCUUUCAACAGUCAGAAGGACUUCAAUGAACACAUGAGAAAGGUCCACGACGAGACUUCUUUCCCCUGUUCCGUCUCAGGAUGCGAUAAGGUCGGCGCCAAGGGCUACCUUCGGGAAAAGGCUCUUAUCGAUCACUAUACUGCGAAGCACCCCGAACUCGAAGCCUAUGUGCCGAAGCCUUGGGUGGGCACCUUGAUAGUGCGUUGUCGCCACCCCGGUUGCAUAUCGUCCUUGAAGCGAGGUUCCUUGAUAUACCACAUGCGGGACAUCCAUAGAUACCGGGACUAA